GGUCAAUAGAGAGGUUUCGCAUGCGACAGAUACGCGUACGCGUACGUUUUAGCUAUCCGUACGCGUAAACGUUCACAGCUUAUUUCGCAAUCCGAACAUCGACCGUCAUUGGUGGCGCUAUGACAGUCGAGUAAAAUCCAAAAUGGCAGCCUCCAUCGACGAUGUCAUGUUCAUGGCUUUAGAGGAAAAUGACGAAGAAACUGUGUUUUUAUUACUCGAAUCCGGUGCUAGCACUACGACAGGAAGAGUAACAUAUGAACCUACCUUACCUAAGUUUUCUUUGGAAGCUUUGACAGAUGACCAGUGUCUGGAUAUGUUUCGUUUUGACCGUGAAAAUCUUCAUCGGCUCUGUGCAGCAUUUGGGAUUCCUGAUAAAAUUAUAUGCCAGAACCGGACUGUGGCAUCAGGUAUGGAUGCGCUGUGCAUCUCACUUCGACGAUUUGCAUAUCCUAACAGAUUAUCUGACCUUGAGAGAGUUUUUGGACGCCCCAAGUCUACCCUUUCAUUCAUUGUGAAGGAAACAGUCAAUUUGCUCCAUGCUCGCUUUAAAAACUUACUCCAGGACAUCAACCAGCCUUGGAUGCAAGGUGUAAUGCUGCAGAGAUAUGCAGAUGCCAUUCAACAACAUGGAGCUCCCCUCGAUAAUUGCAUAGGAUUCAUUGAUGGGACAGUAAGACCGAUGUGCAGACCAACCCACAAUCAACGUGUGUGCUACAAUGGACACAAAAGAGUCCAUUCUCUGAAAUAUCAGUCCGUCAUGCUGCCCAGUGGAAUCAUCGCAAACAUGUAUGGGCCUGUGGAAGGCCGCAGACAUGAUUGCGCCCUCCUGCGAAUGAGUGGCCUACUGGAUCAGCUUCAAGCCAGGCCCCUGUACAACGUCAAUGGCAAUCCAUUCAGCCUAUAUGGAGACCCGGCAUAUCCAAUACACAAUAAUCUCCAGGGUCCAUUUAAAGGGGCUCACAUCACCGCAAUGCAACAGCUGUACAAUCAGCGGAUGUCUAGUGUGAGAGAGUGUGUAGAGUGGGGAUUUGGAAAGAUGCUGUCCCUAUGGGCUUUUCUUGACUUCAAGAAGAACUUAAAACUACUGUUGCAGCCAAUCGCAAAGUACUACAUAAUAGGAGCUCUGUUCACCAACUGCCAUACCUGUUUAUACGGCAGUGAGACAUCUAAUUAUUUUGGAUUGCAGCCCCCAAGCUUAGAAGAAUACUUGAUCUAAAGCGUCUCCUCACAGUGGCUGGGUAUUGCAAUACAAUGUACAAUUCAAUGUGAAUUCAGCAAAUUCAUUGUAAAAAAAUUGUGGUUGUACUUAUGUAUAAUUUCAUCAACUGAUUUAAAGGGUUAAGUUAUAAGGCCUAAAAAAAAUAGUUGGUCUCUGGUCAGACCAAAUGUCCGAAAUUGAUGCGGCGACGCGGUUUUU